AGAUCAGGAGAUUAGGAAUGUACUAGCAAGAUAAUUGAUACUUAUUUCGAGGGAUACUUGACUAGUUAGAACUAAAAAGGAAAUAGUAAGAGCAGUAAUGAAUUCCAUCUCUAGACACACACUCGACAGAAAUUAUAUCAUAUGACUCCCGAUACCUCUUCACUGCACUCAUUCUGGGGACGAGGUAGCGAUAAGAUGAAACUGGCAAUGAACGGAGGAAAAAAGCUAUCGCUGUAGAAGUCAACAAAGCGCAGAAGAACUAGAAAUGGAACACGAAUACCCAGAAGGCGAUGGGUACUAUAAUUAUAAGGAUUACAUGGGGAACUACACAGAUUACGGACCUCUUGAAUACUAUUCCGAGUACUAUCCACAUAAGUACAAAGUGAAAGCAGACUGGGAGAUACCAAUCAGAGGAUAUUUAACCUUUUUCAUCGCAACUACUACUAUAAUUAGCAACGUGUUGCUGAUAUCUGUUUUUAUCUUCAGAAGCAAAAGAUCUCCGACGACCAUUGUUCUGACAUCAUUAGCAGUGUCAGACUCUAUUAUUUGCAUUACACGACUUCCAGAAGCGAUUUAUUUCAACAUGGCUGGAAAUCACAAAGAUCGUUAUAUGCCAUACAGUUGGUGUGUUGCAAACCAUGUUUUGUAUAUUAUUUACAAUAUCUUCCGCAUGGCUUCCAACUGGCUUACGGCAUUGCUUGGGUUGCAACGUCUUCUUGCGGUUUGCGUACCUUUUUAUUAUUCAAAAAUAUGCAAUACCAGAAUGUCGGUGGUCAAAAUAGUCUCUAUUGUUAUCAUUGCAGUGCUUGUUUACUUAUAUGAGGCACUUGGUAUUGAUUUCGAAGAACUUCCGAUAUUUACCACAGUAUUUCGUAAUGAAAGUUUGCCGUCAGGCUGCAUCAGAGAAAUUUCCAAGUCCUUGAGAAAUACUGUUGUCGACAUCGAGAAGUCCAUGAUGCUUUAUUAUAUUUUCUCGGGGUUUCUUGCCCGCCUUUUGCCUGUGAUUGUUUUGCUCAUAACGACAAUUGCUUUGGCUGUUUUACUUCACCGACGCAUCACAGCUGUCAGAAGCUCCGAUUCCUUCAAAAAAGAACAGCUUAAGAGAGUAAACAAACUUGUAAUAAUAAUUCUUAUCGUGUUUCUUGUCGCCGAAAUACAGGAUGGAAUUGCUUUCUUGAUCUAUGCACACGAACUGGCGACAGACCGUAAAAGAGAAAUUUUGUCCGAGGAAGCCGACAUACUCUGGGACACAAUAUCCAGCACAAUGUCGUUACUGAGCUACGCCUGCAACUUCUGGAUAUUCUUCAUGAUGAGCACGCAAUUUCGCACUGCCCUCUGGGAUAUGUUCAACUGCCGCAGCAAACGACUCCGCGGAAUCGUCAAUCUGGAAAGUACGGACGGCAGGAGCAACUCUUACUCCACCAUGACAAGUAAAGAUGAUAGAAGCACCAUCAUAUAAUGAGCAUAUUUUUCUUAUAAAAGGUAUAGAGAAGACAAUUUGUCGGGUGUAAAGAAAAGCAUUAGAAAUUAAUAGGUGCAAAAAAAAGAACUUGAAGACUAUAGCAAUUCAAAAUUACUUUAAAACAACGAUAUUACGAAAGAAGAACUUUACAGAUUUGCAUAGUUUUCAAUAUUUGAAUGUAAAUAAUAAAUGAUUACUUUUUCAAAGCU